AUGGCAGCUACCUCGAAAGGAACCCAUGCCUUGCCAAAUGAAGAAAAAAAGGAGAUAGAAGAUACCUUUAAUGAAGAAAUUGAGAUAAAAGUUGAAUCUUCCGAGAGUGAAAUUAAUGGUGCUUAUGAAAAUGUCGAAAACCAACACAGUUUCUCUAGUAAAAGUCAAUUUAACCGAGGGCGAAAAAUACUUAUCAAAAGUGUGCCGCCGAAUUCAAAAAGAGAGGACCUGGAAGAAACAUUGAAAGAGUUUGAUGUUAAGGAUAUCUCAUUGUAUACCAAUUCUAAACAAGCCAUCAUAACCCUUGAAAAUGAUAUGGAUCCAGAUAUAGCUGAUAUUGUUGUCUCAAAGUUAAAAGAUUCAAAAGUUGGAGACAAUGAAUUAGAAUUGAGUAUCUUGCCAUAUUCAAAUAUUUUGGUUAUUGCUCAUCUUCCGAAAUCAAUGACUGAUGAUGGAUUUAGAGACUUAGUUUCCAAGUAUAAAUCUGUAGAGAAAUGUACAUUGGUUUGUUUUGAAGAGACAGGUAAAAGUUUACAAUAUGGUUUAGUAUGGUUUAAUGAUAACAGAGAGAGGAACAGAAUUAAAGAAGAAUUAGACUGGAAGGAUGUUGAUGGUUGUCAACUACAUGCUGAUAUUAUUGAGAGUUGCAGUGACUAUAAUCAACUUAUAUCAAGAUGCUUAUUUAUUGAUAAUUUACCUAAAACAUUUAAAGAGGCUUAUAAGUUAAGAGAAAUAUUUAAUUGUGUGGCAAGUCCAGUUUAUUGUCAGAUAAUGAGAAAAGAUAACGAAUCGACCGGUUAUGGGAUAAUAGAGUAUAAACAGAGUUGGGAAGCUAAAGAAACCUGGUAUAAACUACAAGAGUAUGAAUUAGAUGGUGUCAUUAUUAAUAUAACAUUCUGUAUACCAACUAAGCCUGCUGUCACUAUCUUUAACAGACUAAUGAAGAAAAUAGAUAACAGAAAUAAAGUAAAAGGAAGUUUAUUACCAGACCCUGUUUUGCCUGUUACAAUAAAUAACCCACUUGUUAAAGGGUUGGCCAAUCAGAAUCCUGAAUUAAUGAAAAGUUUUAUGCAGGUGUUACAUCAUCUACAAUUAUCACAUUCUAAACCUACUAGUUCUUCAGCUAAACCAGGGAUAUUGGGACCAGCACCAAUGCCAAUGAAUCCUGCAAUGAAUUCUAACACACAAUUAGGAUUGUUGAUAUUUUUAGCUACUCAUUUGAACAACAACUUUAAUCAACAAUUUACUGGACCAUUAUCAGCUCAGUUAAAUCUACUACAAAAGCUAGGACAACAGAAGAAUUCAAAUGAUAUGAAACUGGGUGAUCCACUAACUGCUCAAGCCAAUAAUGUGAUACAAACUUUAAAAGCUCAGGUGAAAGAUAAAAUGACUCCACCGUCUUUAAUACCGUCUAAAGAUCACCACCUACCACUGCAACAAAUACUACAAAAUACUCGCAACUUGAAUCUUAAUUUACUGAUGAAUUUAGGCCAAAUAAUGACAAAUAUUCAAAAUAAUAAAACAGAAAGUCUAAUGUCAAAAAACAUUCCUCCGCCAGGGAUGUUCUCAUCAGCUACCUUUAAUACUAAUAAUAAUAACUAUCAACAACGUAAACCAUAUCACUUUAUGCCAAAGAAUGAUCCACCACCACCUUUAUUGUCAAACUAUCAGUUUAAUACUUCAUCAUCUUCACAACAGUUCCGUCAGCCACCAGCAUUACUCUCAGAUAGACAAAAUACUGGUACAAGAUCAUUGUUAGAUAUUGGUUCAAUGUCCAAACCGGUUCAUCAGCCAUCAAGACCUAAACCACUGUUAGACAAUCAACCACCUAAACCAUUACCAUUAUUAGGAGAUUCAGGAUAUGGUUCACAACGACAGGGAUUGAACAGUGCACCAUCUUCAUCGUUUACCUUUGGAGACUCAAGAUAUCAGCAGAAACCAUCGCAAUAUGGAAAUUUACAGUUUGAUUCUGCCAACAAACCUUCUUCAUUAUUAGGCAAUGUACCUGUAGACACCAACAGACAGCCUUCCUCCUUAUUUGGCAACCUAUCUGGGGAUACAAACAGAAAGCCUUCUUCAUUCUUAGGCAACUUGCCAGUGGACACUUCCAGGCAGCCUUCAUCUUUAGGCAACUUGCCUUAUGACAACAAGCCUACAUCAUUAUUGGACAAUCUCAAUCAUAAUGUUCAAAAUAUGCCUAAACCAUUAAUGAGUGACCCAAAACCUCGACCAUUGUUAGGUCAAAUUGUACCCAACUCGACCUCAUUAUUAGGUGAACCACCCAGUGAUUUUCCAACCAAUCGAAAUAUCAAUAGUGGUUGUUCUAUAUAUAAACAAUCUUAUCCGAGUGAUUCAUCUACAUCAUCUUAUGGUCAAAAGGGAAGUUACUCUGGUGGGCAUGAUUCAGGAUGUUGGCCUGAUACACCAGAUGGUUUAAAUGAUGAAACAUUUCAAGACAUUCCAAAUAAGUAUUAUCCAGAAGAACGGCAAGCUAAAAUUCCUUCAUUGUUGUCUUCAUCACACAGUCACAAUAAUAUGAAAAUAUCUAGUCGUGGAAACUAUAAUUCUAGCACAAAUCAAUUUCAGAAUCCAAAUGCGGCAGCUACUUAUCCUAAUAAGAUUCCUAGUUUAUUGUCUGCUAACAGUACAUAUAAUACACAAAAUGGUUUAUUAGAUACACCACGACAGUUUACUAGUAUACACUCUAACAAUGGUCUCUUAUCAACACCAUCUAAUAACUAUAAUACAAGCAAUUCUAAUUCUUUAAUACCUAACUUGAUGAAUUAUGAUAGUAAUCAAAGUUUAUCAUUAACAUCUAAUAGAAACAAUGAUAGUAACUAUCCUCAAUCACUGAUGUCAAGAACUAGUAUGAGUACUAGUAGUAGUUUAGAUGGUAUUAGUCAUUUUCAAAAUGAUUAUGGUAGUAGUGUGGAUUACUCCAACAGAAAUUAUACAAAAAAUCCCCCCAGUCUCAUGGCAACUCCAGUUGGUCAGAAGAGAUCAUUUAGUCAGUUAUUGCCAGCACCAGAACAAAGUCCAGAGGGUACAUAUGUUGGUCAACAUUCUCAAGGGAUUGGUGGUCAUUACGCUGAUUCUUAUUCCAAACGUAUGAAAUUAGAUCAUAGAUUUAGAUAA